UUUCUCUCUAUCUUUAUUAAACGCAAAAUAUAGUGUCCCGUCUCAAAUCUGUUCUAGUUGGGUCUGUAGUUAAACUAUGAGUCUCAGAAAGGUUCUUGUCAUUACAGGAGGUGCAGUUGUAGGAAGUGUGGGUGCAGUUGCCCUAGCUCCAGUGGCCUUGGGGGCCAUCGGUUUCACCUCAGCUGGGAUCGCAGCAGGCUCCUUCGCUGCGAGCAUGAUGUCUGCUGCUGCCGUUACCAACGGAGGAGGGGUGGCAGCAGGAGGCCUGGUGGCAGUUUUACAAUCUGCAGGUGCUGCUGGUCUCUCGGGUGCAGCCUCUGCUGUUGUGGCCAGUGUUGGAGCUGGUGUUGGAGCUGCUGUAGGGCGAUUGGCAGGAAAAACAAGCACACCAAAGAAGGAGGAGGAGAGGAAAAAUGAUCAGAUGGGAGAAGAAGAAAAAGCCAAAAAUGAAAAAUAGGAAGAAUUAGAAUUAAUAUAACACUGUUUUGUUUAGUUGUCUGGUUGUUUUGUAUCCUUGUCUCAGAAUUAAUGGUCUGUAUAUAUAGUUUUAAUUGACAGUUUAUAUAUAAAUGAACUGAGAUUACAUCACAGUCUAACUGGUCAUGAAAUUUAAAAUUUUUAAUUUAAAAAACUUACUGGAUAUAUAUUUUUUUGGAACUUUCUAAAUAUGCUCCAGAGCCAAGCUAUAUCAUGAAAAAUACUUUGUAUUUAAUAAGUUACAUGAACGUUUCAAGAAAGUUCCUUGUAAGUCCGAGGAAAAUAAAUGGUAAGUUUUAAAAGAAACCUCUAUGUUCAAGAACAGUAGCCAUUAAAUUCCAUAAACACUGGAGAAAUACUUGGAAAGUUUUGUAAAGUAACCACUAAGUCCUGAAAAGACUUAACAACAUGACUGUUAAGGGUCUAAUGUUUCCUGGGCCUCAAUUAUUUCCAAAAAUGUAUCAGCAAAGAGAGAAACAAAUACCUCAAUAUAUUGAAUCAGUUUUUCUGGAUUUAUUGAUAUAUUAUUUACUUAUCUAUUGAGUGCAAAUAUUGAGUACAGGUUGAAGUUUUACAAUUGAUGCACACACGUACAAAGUUGUUUUUUUUCUUUAUUCCGCUCUCAGAAUGAUGAGUAGAAAUAGCAUUCCCUCAAAAUUUAGAAAAUGCCAGCAGCAAUUCACACAUCCCAAUGGCCUUUACCAAGACAUGUUCACAGCAAAAAAUAAUGUUUCUUUUAUUCAUACUCAGAUUAUACAUGUUUGAAUUUCAGAAUCUACUCUUUAAAACAUGAUUAUAUUAGAUAAGAACAUGACUUUAACUCUACUGGAGAUGAAAAAUAUAUUCCUUCUCUGUGCUAUGGACUGUCUUGCACUUUUAAGGUUACAUUACAGAUGCUUGAUAUCAUCCGUGCUACCAUACUUCCAGUACCAGCCGCUGUUCCAGCUCCAAGCCAUCCUAAUCCUGCCAUACCUGUAAUGAAACAAUACAUUUGAGAAAAAUAAGUAUUUAACUUUUGUAGCUUGUUUUUUGUACACCUCCUGCACAAAACACUUUUUUUCAGUUCUCAGUUUAAUUUUAAAAGAUUCUUUUUU